AUGAUCACGCAAAACUCAAUAGUUGACCACCGACACUGGGACGAGUGUUUACCCGAAAUCACGUUAGCGAUAAACUCCUCAAUUUCGUCUUCAACAGGUUUCAGUCCGGCAUAUAUUACUCAAGGUAGAGAGCUUCGAAUGCCGAGUACAUUAUAUGAUGCGGUGACACCAGGACUUGGAAGAGCUACAGAAUCUUCCGAUAACAAAGCGCGAAAGUUACUGGAAAUAUACGCUAUUGCUAGCAGAAACAUGGGAAAAGCAUCACAAGACCAGGCAAGAUAUUAUAACCUCCGACGACGGGAGUGGAAACCAGAACUUGGCACACUGGUACUUAAUCGUUCACAACCACUAUCUAAUGCGCUAGACGGCUUUAAUGCAAAAUUAGCCCCGAAAUAUUGCGGACCUUAUGAAGUAAUAAACUUUGUAUCACCGGUCAUAGUGAAGCUGCGUGAACUACAUGGCGAUAAAAUAAUUUCGGCUCACUUAAGUCGAAUUAAACAGUAUCAUUCUUAA